GAUGUCGCGGAUAUGGAGGUCGACAAAACAGAUAUACUCCGGACCAGAGGAUCUUGAUCGGCUGGACGAGGCCACAAUGCACGAAAUGGACGACAAGCGCAGGAAUUAUAUUCGCUCGGUGACGUUGCGAGUCACGUGCUACCCUCUUAUACCAGUGAUCACCCAGACGUGGCUAGUUUCAGCAAAUCUGAAGGCGUUCCCACCGUACUGGCUCUUCGUCAUGAGCUGGCUGAUGCCAUCGAUGCAAGGCACGCUGAACUUUCUGGUAUACCUCAUGAACCCAGCACUCGACACGUACCGCAAUGUCCUGGUUAUGGCCAUUAGAGGGAGGUAUAGCAAGAACAAGUGCGAGCUUGGGGAGUUCCGUGAGCGUAGGCCGACCAUGUGUUCCGAGCGCACAGCUGUUGCCAAGCCAGGAAUCAAAAGCAUGAUCAAUGAUUCGCCUGUGUAGUACCUGAUAGUCCUUUUCUUGUAAACAAUGUGCAUCGUCUCCUCGCUACUUUGUAUUAG